AUGAAGUGCCAGGGGUUAAAUAAAAAAAAUAAGGCUUGUGGUUUGAGCGCGGUGAAAGAUUGCAUUCAUUGCUAUCACCAUACACCAAAGCAAUCAAAGCGUGACAUUAUGUAUAAAAAGGAACUAAAGACACUCCACUACAAUAUCGACUGA